UGGCUGAAUGCCACCUCUGCUACCCGCCCCUCCUUACCAAACAGGGCUCUCUUCGACUACGACAAGACCAAGGACUGCGGCUUCCUGAGCCAAGCUCUGAGUUUCCAUUUCGGCGACGUCCUUCACGUCAUCGACGCUUCCGACGAGGAAUGGUGGCAGGCGCGGCGCGUCCAUCCAGACGGCGACAGUGACGAGCUUGGAUUCAUUCCCAGCAAGAGGCGGGUCGAGCGACGGGAGUGGACGAGGUUAAAAGCAAAGGAUCGGGGCCCUGGAUCAGGCUCUCAAGGUCGAGAGGACACCGUUUUGAGCUACGAAACUGUUGUGCAAAUGGAAGUUCAUUAUGCCCGUCCGAUCAUUAUUUUGGGGCCCACCAAGGACCGGGUGAAUGAUGACCUACUUUCUGAAUUUCCAGACAAGUUUGGAUCUUGCGUCCCACACACCACGCGGCCAAAACGGGAGUACGAAGUGGACGGCCGGGAUUACCACUUUGUGGCUUCGCGGGAGAAGAUGGAGAAGGACAUCCAAAGCCACAAAUUCAUCGAGGCCGGGCAGUACAACAGCCACCUGUACGGGACGAGCGUCCAGUCUGUACGGGAGGUGGCUGAGCAGGGCAAGCACUGCAUUUUGGACGUUUCCGCCAACGCCGUCCGGAGGCUGCAAGCCGCUCAGCUUCACCCCAUCGCCAUUUUCAUCCGGCCCCGCUCCCUCGAGAAUGUUUUAGAAAUUAACAAGCGGAUAACGGAGGAGCAGGCACGGAAGGCCUUCGACAGAGCUACGAAACUCGAGCAGGAGUUUACAGAAUGCUUUUCAGCCAUCGUAGAAGGAGAGAGCUUUGAGGAAGUCUACCACAAGAUCAAGAGAAUCGUCGAAGAACUCUCUGGUCCUUAUAUCUGGAUUCCGGCUCGUGAAAGACUUUAGAGCGAUGAACUCAACCAUUUCCCUCGGAGGGGGGAAAAAAAGGGAUCCUUUGAAUUCCACCAACCAACCGUCAACUCUGCAACCGCAU